UCCCCCUACUUUUUCUCUCUCUCUACUCUUCUGCCUCCCUUCUAUAGCCCUCUCGACCUUUCGGCUUCUGACGUUAUCCUUUCUCCGUUGUGGCUAUAUUCCUGGGAACCAAGUAAACACAACAUCCCGCUGGGGAUUCAAUACCUCCGAUGGACACCAAAGGAGCUCAACAGGUCGAUGUCAUCGGUCCGCCCCAGCGAAUGCAAACUCUGUCAACCGACCAUGUACCUAUCGAACCUCUCUCUGAGCUGCCCGAGCCGGCUGAGCAGGUGCAGCCUCGCAGCAAAUUUCGCAUCACCAUGAUUCUGAUCGCUCUCUACCUCUCGCUGUUUGUGGCGGCCCUCGACGCAACCAUUGUCGCCACUGCCGUUCCCAAAAUCACCGCCGAGCUGCACUCAGCAGCUGGAUACAUCUGGAUUGGCGGUGCCUAUCUCAUCGCCAACGCUGCAGCAGCACCAAUCUGGGUCAAACUAUCCGAUAUCUGGGGCCGCAAGCCCAUCUUCCUCAUCGCCGUGGUGGUCUUCUUCGCCAGUUCUGUGGUGUGUGCGGUGGCCGUGGACAUGCAGAUGCUUAUUGCGGGCCGCAGUAUCCAGGGCGCAGCUGGGGGUGGUCUUAUCUGCAUGGUCAACGUCGGGAUUUCCGAUCUCUUCAGCGUCCGCGAGAGGAGCUUGUGGCUCGGUCUGUGUGAAGGGAUCUGGGCUCUAAGCGGAGCUGUAGGCCCUCUCUUGGGCGGUGCCUUUGCCCAGAAAGUCAGCUGGCGGUGGUGCUUCUACUGCAACUUGCCCAUUGCUGGUACCGCUUUUAUGCUUCUGCUGCCCUUUCUCAACGUCCACAACCCUCGAACGCCGGUGCUGGAUGGCGUCAGGGCUAUCGACUGGUUUGGCUGCGUAUCGAUUCUGGGUGUAACGGUGAUGCUGCUGCUGGGGCUUGACCUGGGUGGAUCUGUGUAUCCAUGGGGUUCAGCCAAAGUCAUCUGCCUCAUCGUCUUCGGCGCAUUGAUGGUCCUUGUCUUUAUCUACAGCGAAAAGAAACUGGCAAAGUACCCGGUGAUUCCGCUGUCCCUUUUCGGCACGAGGAACAUUGCCACGAUGCUGGUAACGUUCUCUCAUGGGAUGGUCUUCAUUGCUGCCGAAUAUUACUUACCCCUAUAUUUCCAAAGCGUCAAAGAAGCCUCGCCUCUUCGGUCGGGCGUUCUCUUGGUGCCACUGAUUGUCGCCACGGCAGGCACCGGAGUCAUCAAUGGCCUGAUCAUACAUCGUACAGGCCAGUACAGGCCGUCCAUGUGGGUUGGAACUAUCCUGAUGACUCUGGGUACCGGUCUCUUUAUCUUGAUGGACGCACAUACCUCAACCGGCACCAUCAUUGGGUUUGAAAUUGUCGAGGGUGUGGGUUCGGGCCUGCUGUUUGAGCCUCCUCUCAUCGCAAUCCAACAAGGCGUCCACCAAGACAACGUCGGCACUGCGACGUCGACACAAGCCUUCAUUAGAAGCCUGGCGCUCUCGCUGGGUGUCAUUCUAGGCGGCAUUGUAUUUCAGCAGAGUAUGGAUCUUCGACGCUCGACAUUGCAACAAAUGGGUUUGCCGCCUUCGAUCGUGGAAGAGCUGUCGGGCAGAAACGCCGGCGCCAACGUCAUGGUGGGAAAGUCGCUUCCGCCCGCCCAAGAACUUGCCGUCAAGGAAGCGUUCGCCUGGAGCAUAAGAAACAUGUUCAUCAUGUUCACGUGUCUAGGCGCUCUGGGGGUUCUUGCGAGUUUCUUCGUUGUGAAGACCAAGCUCUCCAAGGAACACAGGGAGACAAUCACUGGCCUCAAGAAAGAAGAACCGAAGCCUUGAGAUGCCUGGUCUUACUCCCUGAUUCUUCGGUGUUCUGUCGUCCUGAUCCAAAAUUUCCACCCCCGACGGGCGCGCGGUUUCGUCGUGCAACCAUUUCAACCGGACAGUCACACUUUACAAGGGACAGUGGGGGAGCGACAAGAUGCUUCAACAGCGAAACACUGAACCGGAAUCAGGGAGUCCUACAACCGACUCUUGUCACCUUCAACGCUGCAAACAUACAACGCCUUACUGGGGAUGCUUCAGCCCCAUCCCAAAAACAGCACUCCCUCCUUUGUUGGAAUCUAUCUUCCCCGGUAAAACCGACGGUGGCCAUUCCGGCCCAUUAGUACCAGAGGUCCAACCCGUCCACCCACGAUUCUGUGCCUUUUUCAGCAAACGACGUUGCGUGCCUUGAAGAUUUGGUGCGUGUUUUAAACCAUACGGUGAGCUUCUCCACCGUCACAAAAACCAGCAAAUCUUGUCAGAUAGUCCACGUUAGUCAGUCCCCAGCGCCGCGCCGCGCCCUCGUCGUUGUGGGUGCUGGGGACUGCGGUGAGCUACCCACCGUGAACAACAGCAAUGCAUCCACCUACACCGGUGAUGCUCAAUGCAAAAAUGCUUGAUACAUAUACCGGUGAGCUCCGCACCGUUAUCAACAGCACAGAUUUAGAUUGGGGCGGCCAGACGGCGACGGCGGUUGUAUUCCACUGAUUUUGGCAGAUCUCGAUAAUCGACCGUUGCAAGGCUCUGUGGCCCUCCAGAUGCACUGGCCGCGGCACCAAAAACGUGUUGGAGG